UUUGCAAAUAUUUUCUCCCAUCCCAUAGGUUGCCUUUUCAUUUUGUUGAUUGUUUCUUUUGCUGUGGAGAAGCUUUCUAAUUUGAUAUAGUGCCACUUUCUUAUUUUUUCUUUUGUUACUUGUGCUUUUUGUAUCAUAUCCAAAAAACCCUUGCCAAGACCGUUGUGUGGUCUUGGCACCCUUGUUGAAGAUCAUCUGAGUAUAUACAUGAGGGUCUAUUUCUGGGCUCUCUAUUCUAGUCCAUUGGUCCAUGGGUCUAUCUUUAUGCCAGGACCAUGACUGCUACUUCUUUUCUAUAGGUAAGAUCACCCCCACCUCCUGACAGCAUCCAAUCCAGAGCAAAGCCCUGCUUCCUUACACCCUGUCCAAAAUCACCUAAUACAAGCCCAAAUCCUGUAAAGGGAUCUUUCUAACACUCUGUUACUGAGAUUUCCCCAAAUUCUCCACAGUUUAUAGUUGAGUAAUAAACACAAUUUGUUUAACUGCAAGUGGGUCUCUGGUGGGUUUUGGCUGGAGGGCACUGACAUACAAAAACAUAGGAUUAACAUCUUCAAAAUAUAUAUAACAAUAUACAUCAACAAGAAAAGGAUUCACAUAUCAAAAAAAAAUUGAGCAAAAAGAAAAAUAGAAGAGAACUACAAACCAAUGAUUUUAUAAACACUGAAAAAAAUGUUUUGCUUCAAAUGCAUAAAAUCGUGCUGAUGAUUCAGUUGGUGAGACCAUCAUUUCAAAUUUUAGUCCAGGAGCUCCUGCAGAAAUUCCAGAACGUCUCAACACUAAAAGCCUCAGAAACCCAGCAAAAUUUAUCCUCCAUUACCAAGUUGGGGCGCAGGGGCGGGACACCAGUCGAAAGGCUGCUCUAAAUAGGGCUUAGCUCCGCCCCAGCAGCGGUUAACACCUUCCCCGGGAAGUCCACUUUCCCACCGUCAACUCGGUCCUCCGAGGGAGCCCUGGCGCAGCUCAGGCCAGCUGGUCCCAGAGGGAGGACGUUCUAGCCGGCCGCCUACUCGAUGGUAAGGCCUGCAGCCGUCUGGCCUCCGGGCGCCGCCAUGUUGGAGGCGCAGGGCGGGAGCCAUGGCUGCGAGCGCCCGAUGCGCAGCCAGAGCGGGGCCAGCUCCGUGGGGCGGAUGCUGGAAGUGCGGCCGGGGCUGUACCUGGGUGGAGCCGCGGCCGUCGCGGAGCCAGACCACCUGAGGGAGGUGGGCAUCACGGCCGUGCUAACGGUGGACUCGGAGGAACCCGAUUUCAAGGCGGGGGCUGGGGUCGAGGGUCUGCUGCGCUUCUUCGUGCCAGCGCUGGACAAACCCGAGACCGACCUGCUCAGCCAUUUGGACCGGUGCGUGGCCUUCAUCGGCCAGGCCCGCGCCGAGGGCCGGGCAGUGUUGGUGCACUGUCAUGCAGGAGUCAGUCGAAGUGUGGCUGUAGUGACUGCUUUUAUGAUGAAGAUUGACCAACUUACCUUUGAAAAAGCCUAUGAAAAUCUCCAGACUAUCAAACCAGAUGCUAAGAUGAAUGAGGGGUUUGAGUGGCAACUGAAAUUAUACCAGGCAAUGGGAUAUGAAGUAGAUACCUCUAGUGCAGUUUAUAAGCAAUAUCGUUUACAGAAGGUUACAGAGAAGUAUCCAGAAUUGCAGAACUUACCUCAAGAGCUCUUUGCUGUUGACCCGACCGCCAUUUCACAAGGAUUGAACGAUGAUAUUCUCUACAAAUGCAGAAAGUGCAGGCGAUCUUUGUUUCGAAGUUCUAGUAUUUUGGAUCAUAACGAAGGAAGUGGUCCUAUAGCCUUUGCCCACAAGAGAGUGACACCAUCUUUCCUGCUUACCACAGGGAGUCAGGCUCAAUGUACAUCUUAUUUCAUUGAACCUGUACAGUGGAUGGAAUCAGCUUUGCUGGGAGUGAUGGAUGGACAGACUGAUUUAAAAGCCAACAUGUAUGCCACAUCCAUGAAACCUUCUGUUUCAUGCGUCAAGCUUCACCUUUCUCCCCUCAUGCUGGAGUUAACCUGUUCCUCCUUUGAACUCCAGUGUAUGGCAUGCUUCCUGCACAGUUGUUGUAGUCCACCUUCUGCUUCUUUGCCCCAAAUGCAAUGCCAAAUUGGGUUCCUUCAACUGGUAUGGUGAACAGUGCUCGUGUGGUAGAUGGAUAACACCUGCUUUUCAAAUACACAAAAAUAGAGUGGAUGAAAUGAAAAUGCUGCCGGUUUUGGGAUCACAGACAAGAAAAAUAUGAACUUGUGACAUUUGACAACUUGGAAAGAAACUUGCCUAUGAUAUGUGCUACCCUUGCUUAUUGUCGUUCAUAGCAGAUUGUCCAGUUUUUAGGCCAAGAUUUCAUUUGCAAUAUGAGAAGAUAAAAUCACUUGAUGUGACUUGGGAACUAUGCUUUGUUAGCUGCCUAUGCUAUGUGAAUAGAAUACUUUGUAUGGAAAUCACAACUUUUUAAUCAUGUAAAUUAUACUUUAUUUGAUAGUAAAAUCUUCUAUAACUUGAAUACUUUCUUUGUUUCAUAUAUUUUUAAAAGUUCUGAUUUUUGGAAUGUUAGUUAUGUGAUCUUAAAGUCUGGAUGGACAAAAUUAUGUACAAAAAUUGGAAGCUAUCAUGUUUAAAUAGAUAAACUUUUAUUUCUAGAAAUGUAAAACAUUUGUAUGGACAUAUUUUGACAAUUAAUUCUUUUUCUCUCUUUUGAGGGACAUUAGUAAA